AUGGCUGCUCCAGGAAACAAGUACUUCAUCCAAGACAAACUGUCGCAGCGUGCACCUCACCACGAGAGCUUUGCGAAGCUAUGGGAGACGCAAUGGAAACCGGCUUGCGAGAAGGGUCUCUACCCCUUCAUGUUCAGCAGCAUAGCAGACUUCCAGCCCAUCGUCGACGACAUCUCCGCCAAGGGACUAAAGAGGCCUUACGACUGGGAUCAAUACGCCGAAUGCUUCUUCCCCAAGGGUGAGGAACUCGUAGCCCGCGCUAAGCAGGCCGAGGAUGAGGGUAACAAGGAGAAGGCCUAUGAAUUGUACAUGUGCGUAGCAACAUCCCUAACAAGGCGAGCAUCAGCCAUCUACCGCAUCGGGCGUUUCCCUAUGCCGCGCUCCCCGAAACAAUGGACAGCCUGGGAGCGCAGCAAGUCCGCCGCUCUAAAGGGCCUCGGACUACACAAGUAUCCCAUGGUCGGAGUCUCAAUCCCACACGUGCACGCAGCCAACGGCGACGGACCAGAGCUGCAAGUCUUCUACCACCUACCGGCAUCAGCAUCCGCUUCCAACAAAGUACCCCUGAUCGUCGUAUUUACGGGACUAGACGGCUACCGCACGGAGCUAGCCGUGUGGAAGAACGGGUGGGCGUCCCUGGGAUGCGCUAUGGUGAUCAUUGAGAUCCCGGGUACCGGCGACAACCCCGGCGUGCCGUCUGAUCCCGAGAGCGCGGAUCGCGUCUGGAGUAGUUUGUUCGAUUGGGUUGCGCAGCAGGAAGGAAUUGAUCAGAACCGUAUCGCCAACUGGGGUUUUAGUACGGGAGGAUAUUGUUCGAUACGAUUGGCGCAUACUCACCCUGAUAAGGUGAAGGGCGCUGUGUGUCUCGGUGGUGGUGCUCACCACAUGUUUGACAAGGAAUGGUUAGAGGCGGCGAAUUAUCUGGAGUAUCCCUUCGACCUACCCUACACGCUCUCUCGCAGACAUGGCUAUGCAGAGAACGAACUUGAUAAGUUUUACAAGGAAGCGCGAGACAAGUUCUCCCUGAUUAGCACCGGCAUCGUGGAUAGGCCAAGCACACGCCUUUUGCUAAUCAACGGUACCGAUGAUGAGAUCUUCCCUAUUGAUGACUAUAUCCUAUGCCUGCAACGCGGUGGACCGAAAGAAGCUCGAUUUGUUAAGGGAGCUAAACAUAUGGGUGAGCCGGAAUCGGUAUCUGUUAUUCUUCAAUGGAUCUUUAAGAUACUAGAUCUCCCAGGAGAUGUGGGACAAUUCAUGUCGAACCUCGCAUUCGAUCCGAAAUAUUGA